AUGGAGAAGAAAGGCACGAUCGCACGUCGCUCGCUCGCAGGUACACCGCGCGCCGGCCCUAGUGGAGAAGGAUCGCUGGAGACGCUGCCGGACGACGUGGUGGUGGAGAUCCUGGUGCGCGUGCCGGAUGUGGCAGACCUCUUCCGCUGCGCCGCGACGUGCAAGCGAUGCCGCCUCCUCAUCGCCGAGCCGUCUUUCCUCCGCCGCCGCUGGCCGGAGGGCGUGAGCCACCUGUCCUCCCUGCUCGGCCUCUUCGCCGUGCAACAGCCCCGUGAAGAACCAACAGAAGGGGACUCUACGGCUGCGCCCAUGCCGCCCUUCACCCCGGUGCCAUGGUGCUCCCUCGGAGAACGCUACAGCUUCCUCACAUGCCCUUGGCCUCCAGACAGCCAGGCAGCGGUGCUCACCUCGCGCCGUGGCCUUCUUGUUCUGCGCUUCGUCCCACUAAACGAACCCACCAAUGGAUACGAGAAGACCAUGAACCUGGCAUUGUACGAUCCAAUCGCCGGCAAAGGCCGUGACCUGCCUGAGUUGAAGAGCGACAGACCUUUCCAAAUAGAAGGAUGCGCCCUUCUGACCCGUGCCGAUUGUUGCCCGGACGAAACGCGAGGGGCGACGUCGUGGUCCUUCUUCAAAGUGCUAAUCAUCGGCGGCGAUCGAGAUGAGCCACGGCACAGUCUCCAUGUGUUCACUUCCACGACGGAGUCGAGCUCGAGCUGGAGCACGCCUAGGGAGUGCUAUGACUGUUUGGAGGAUGACGACACGCGUGUCGUGUCUCAGCAGACCACCGCUGUCGUGUGCCACGGUGGCAUUGCGCAUUGGCUCUUCAAGAAUGCGUCCAACUUGUACGCACUCAGUGUGUGCGCUAGGACCACAGAGAUGACCUUGACAAGGCUCCCAGUCACACCGGACCAAACUCAGCCACUGCUUGGAGUCAACAAUGAUGGGACGCCAUGCUUGCUUCGCUUGGACGGGAAAUGCUUCAUGCUAGAGAUCUGGACACGCCGGAUUGACCCCAUGAGUGGAGACAGCAACACAGGGCACUGGCAUCGCACCAAGAUGAUCAAGUUACAACGACCCAAGCGUGGCAAGAUCGACCAGGCGCAGUGCGUGUGUGUGGGUCAGACGAGUGGCAUACUGCUCGUCAAGGACAAUCAAGAAGACAUAUACAUUGUAGAUCUCCAAACAGGGGCAAUGCAGGCGGUCACCAACUGGUUUCGCGGCAUUGUCGUGAUGGCUAUCCCUUUUGAGAUGGAUUGGCCAGAAUUCUUCACGCGCCACUUGGCAAACACUAGGAUCGAGCGAGCUAAACUGGGAGGAGUUCUAUAA